AUGUACUGCCGUAACAGCCUCCUUCUGGCGUUCCUGGCACUUCUUGCUACUACACUCGCAUGCACAAAAGACGACGACUGUAGCCUCAACGGCAUCUGCAAGACUAACACCACCACCACAAUCUGCCACUGCGACCCAGGCUGGACCGGUCCCGACUGCGGUCGUCUCGACCUCGCUCCCGCAACCCGAUGGACGGGCUACAACCACACGAACUAUACCGACCCCGCCUACUACGGCGCCUACGGUAACUCUUCUUGGGGCGGCCGCAUCAUCCAAGACCGCGACGACCCCAAACUGUUCCACCUCCUCGUCGAUCAAUUCAGUCACGGGUGCGGCCUCGGCGGGUGGCGCCCGACGAGCUUCAUCGUGCGGGCGGAAUCAAGAAGCGGGCCGCAAGGGCCGUAUAAAUGGGUGCAGAAUGUAACGAGCAGUUUCCGGCAUAAUGCAGAUGUGCUGUGGAGUCCAGCCGAUCGGAAGUAUCUCCUCUGGGCGAUCGGGGCGGCCGUGGAAGAUCCAAAGACGUGCAAAUCGAUCCCCGGCUCCCAAUUUCCAAACAACGUCUCCGUCUCCUCGGCGUCCUCCAUCCGCGGCCCCUGGACCCCCUUCCACAUCACAAUAAACGGAACCAAUCCCGCUCCCUGGCCGCUCUAUUCUCCCGCCAACAAGACAUCGCAGAUUGCGCUCGCGGUCGAGGAUUUUAAGAUUUUCACCGCGCCUGACUGGAAUGGGGCGUUUACGCGCGUGAAUGAAGAUGUAGCGUGGAACACGACGGAUUACAGUCCCACCUGGACCGAGGAUCCAUUCAUUUGGCGCGACAAGCGCGGGAACUGGCACGCGCUUGCGCACUGGAUGAUUGAUAUUGUGGAAAAGAACGGAACCAAGUAUCCUCGGGUGGGUGCGCACAUGUUCUCGCGACGACUAGAGAGCGGGUGGACGUUCAAGGUGCAGGAGGCGUUUAGUUCGACGGUGGAGUUCACGGAUGGCGCGGUGGAGACGUUCAAUAGGAGGGAGCGGUCCAAGAUCUUCUUUGAUGAGGAUAUGAGACCGUUGUAUUUGGUGAGCGGGGUGCAGGCCAUGGGUGUGAAGAGCAGUUUUACGUUGGUGCAGCCGAUUGGGAAGAGGUGGAGGGAGUAUGAGAAAGAGCUUGGAUUUUAAAUUAUGGGGGCAGCGGGCCCGUGGUAGUCUAGGUAUGUUACUGGAAAAACUGAUACGUGCAACGAAGAAAGCAUGCAUUGAAAAGAAAUGGCCAGACCCAUAGGCAUAUAUGCAAGCCAUCACAGAUGCCACGACGCU